GGCAUGUUGCCCGUGGCUUACAGUUGGUCAGCCAGUGUGUGUGAGUGAAAAACCUAGAGGGGCUGACAGCUCUGUGUGUGGUUUAAGUCAGGAGAAACAGGGAAGAAUGGCAGCUGCCCAUCGCUUGGUCAUCGUCCGACAUGGAGAGAGCUCCUGGAACCAAGAGAAUCGCUUCUGUGGUUGGUUCGAUGCUGACCUCAGUGAGAAGGGCUUAGAGGAGGCCAAGCGUGGAGCCCAGGCCAUCAAAGAUGCAGGACUGAAGUUUGACGUGUGCUACACCUCCGUCCUAAAACGUGCCAUAAAGACUCUGUGGACCAUCAUGGAAGGCACAGACCAGAUGUGGCUGCCUGUGAUCCGCACCUGGCGCCUGAAUGAGCGUCACUAUGGAGGCCUGACCGGUCUCAACAAGGCAGAGACGGCUGAGAAGCACGGCGAGGAGCAAGUGAAGAUCUGGCGUCGGUCCUUUGACAUCCCACCUCCGCCCAUGGACAAGGACCACCCUUACCACAAAAUCAUCAGUGAGUCUCGCCGGUACAAGGAUCUAAAGCCUGGUGAGCUGCCCACUUGUGAGUCUUUGAAGGACACCAUUGCUCGUGCCUUGCCCUUCUGGAACGAGGUCAUUGCUCCUCAAAUUAAAGCGGGGAAGAAUGUCAUCAUUGCCGCCCAUGGCAACAGCCUCCGUGGUGUCGUCAAGCACUUAGAGGGCAUGUCUGAUGCAGCCAUUAUGGAGCUGAACCUUCCCACUGGAAUCCCAAUCGUCUACGAGCUGGAUGCGGACCUGAAGCCGAUCAAGCCUAUGUCCUUCCUCGGCGAUGAGGAAACUGUAAAGAAAGCCAUGGAGGCUGUGGCGGCUCAGGGCAAAGCCAAGAAGUAAAAACCUGCCAUGUAGGGCUUCAUGAGGGGAUGGAGGGAGGGGGGAAGAGACUCAUACUCAUUUAUUCUCACUUUCCUUUCUAAUUAUCCAUCCUCAUAUUUCAUUCCAAUUGGGGAAAUGCUUAAUGGCUCUUUGGGAGAGGAGCCAAGCCCCACAUUUCACAUGGCCACACAUCAUUCAGCCCUUAUGAGGCUCCGUUUAGAGGGGCUCACUGCUCUGAUAAAUUCAAUAAAGAAGUUGUGUUUUUAUGUA